AUGCAGCUGUCCGGCAUCGUCAGAUGGGUAGACGCAGUCAAUCAGGAAGUGUAUCCCGAACGAAUGCCCGAGAAUACUGAGCAGCCUAGCCCUGAACUCGUGUCGGAAGAGCUCUGCGAUGACCAUACAUCAGUUUCAUCCGUGACUCAGCCAGGAGAAGAGCCGAUGGAAGUGACCAACCCGUUCAUUGCCGAGGUUUCUGCUGUUGCUGUACAUGCAAUCGAACCUUCCCCUUUAGAGCUCGCGCCGAGGGAGCCCCGCACCAAUCGUACUUCAUCCGUGACCCAGCGAGGAGAGGAAUCGAUGGAAAUAGCUAAGCCGUUCAUUGCCGAGAUACCUGCUAGAGCCAUCACGCCGGUCGAUCCUCCUCCACCCGCGCCUCUGCAAGGCCAUCACGGCUAUGUUGUGCGAGACACGACGCACGCAAUUCUACGCAUCCACAGUCUCUUCAUGAUUGUAGCAGUUGGCCUCGCAAGUCUGCUUAUCCCAGCCGUCAGGGACCCGGCCUUCGAUGCGUCUUUGAAAGCAAUAUGCACAUCGCCACUGCGCACCUCAUUUACUUUCUGCCGCGGACCACAAGAUGUGGUCGUCAUGCACGACUUUUCUGCCCUUGCGCAAAUCCAUUCCAUGACGCUGGCGACUCUGUAUGACACGGCCAUAGGUGUGUGGACGCUGUCGGAAGAACUUGCGCACCAGGGACGCAGCGCGAAGCAGCUCGCGUACUAUGCCAAAGACAGCUCGCUGUCUGUCCGUGAGACGCUCUCACACGAUCUCCACCUACUGAAUGAGAACGCAAAAACUUCCGCGAGCAGUUUGAAUCGGCUAGGGGCGACUACAGUUGGGACCGUGAUGCGGACAGGAGCAUCCUUCGAGAGAAUAUACCGCAUCGUCCACAGUGUCCAAAUCUCAAUGGAUGACAGCCCCCUGCCAAGUCUGGACGUAGACGACAUCGCCAUCAAGUUCGAACAAACCUUCUUGUUGGCAGUGGCAGAGCUCAAAGAGGACCUCGAGGCCCUGCAGAACGCCACGUCCUUCACGCUCGGUGACCUCUUCGUGCUCGAGGAGCAGGUGGACGCUAUCGACGCCGUCGCGCGGCGCGAGGACCGCGCGCUGGAGACGUCCAUCGAGCACAUGGAGCGCAAGGCGGCGCGGAGCCUGCUCUGGGCGCGUGCACGCGCGGAGACCGCGCUCGACGGCCUGCUCGACGACGCACUGCUCGUCAGAAAGAUACGCGACAACUGCGAGGACGCGCGGCAGGCGGUCACCGCGAGCGCGAAGGCCGUGGCGCAGAUGCUCGCGGAGAUGGAGUACCUCGGCGGCUUGCCGACGACGAGGCUCCUCAUGGACGGUGUCGCGCUGCCGCAGCUCGAAGAAGACCUGAAGGCGUGUUCCGUCGGCAUCGAGGCUACGUUGGACAAGUUUGAAGGUGCAAGGGCACAGGAACGGGCGAAGCGGUGGGCAGUAGUUGACGCGCGCAAUGGCGAUCCUUAA